CGCGCGCGCACGCGCACGCACGCUGAAGAGGAAGAAGCGCAGGUCCCCGCGUCGGAAACGUGCGUCAGAGCUGAGUGUCUGUUGCGCCUGCAUAGAAGCGCCUCAGUCAAAUGGAAUAAAGUAAACCAUGGAGUACAACUGGGGGAACGUCGUCCUUUUUGCCUUGAUUGUCAUUACAGCUGACAGAAUCGGCGUCUCGCACUCCUUCAACGUGGGCACCGCGGGGGCCAAAAUUUUCAGCGGGUCACCUGUCGAGGAGUUUGGCUACACGGUCCAACAGGCUGCCAACCAUGAGGGAAAAUGGCUUCUGGUUGGCGCUCCUUGGAGUGGUUAUGCUGAAAACAGGAAGGGGGGCUUGUACAGGUGUCCGGUGUCAGGAUCCAGAACCAACUGCGACAAGCUCAACCUUGAAGAUUCAGUUAAUAUCCCGGACGUGACGAACAUCAACGUCAACAUGUCUCUCGGCAUGACCCUGACGCGCAUGCCUGCAGUCAACGGUUUGAUGGUGUGUGGCCCUCUUUGGGCACAGAAAUGCGGUGAUCAAAACUUCUAUCCUGGAAUAUGCUCAAGACUGAGCCCCCUCUUUCAACCUCAACCUGCCUUCGCUCCAGCUGUUCAAACCUGCGGUGGGCCAAUGGACAUUGUGAUCGUACUGGAUGGCUCUAAUAGCAUCUAUCCUUGGGCUCCGAUGAGGGAGUUCAUCGAGAAACUCUUACCAACCCUCGAAAUUGGACCGCAAAAUACCCAGGUUAGUGUCAUUCAGUAUGCUGUGGAUGCCAAGGUUGAAUUCUCACUGAAUCAGUACAAAACCAGAGCUGAACUAUUGCAAGCUGCAUCCAAACUCACACAAAUGCAAGGCUCCUCUACCAAUACAUUCCACGCCAUUCAAUAUGCUAGUCAGUGGGGUUUCAAUCCAGUUUACGGAGCCCGCCCGAGCGCUUCCAAGGUGAUGGUGGUGGUCACUGACGGCGAGUCCCAUGACCAAGCCUUCAGAGAUGAUGUCAUCGCUGAAUGUGAAAAGCAAGGAAUCACACGCUUCGGUAUCGCUGUGCUCGGUUACUACACCAGGAACAACAUCGACACUGAAAAUCUCAUCAAAGAAAUCAAGUCCAUUGCCAGCGCGCCCACGGAAAAUUACUUCUUCAACGUCUCUGAAGAAGCUGCCCUGUCUAACAUUGCCGGAACGCUGGGCAACCGUAUCUUCAACAUCGAAGGCACAGGAAAGGGGGGCGACAAUUUCAAAAUGGAAAUGUCCCAGGUCGGCUUCAGCGCUCAAUUUUCUGCCAAAAAGGACAUGAUGAUGUUGGGAGCAGUGGGAGCUUACGGUUGGGCCGGGACCGUCGUCCAUCAGACGGGCUCCACAGUAGAUGUACUCCCCGUCUCAGCCUUUGAGGGAACACUUCAAGAUAGAAACCACAGCUCCUUAUUGGGUUACUCUGUCAGCAUUCUGAGCGAUGGCAGCACAGAAUAUUUUGUGGCCGGAGCGCCUCGCUCCAACCACUCGGGACAAGUCAUCGUUUACAGGUUCAACGCCCAGAAGCAAUUCACGAUCAUCGAUUCUGAGAGAGGAAAACAGAUCGGAGCUUAUUUUGGCAGCGUCCUGUGUUCGCUGGAUGUGGACAAAGACGGGGUGACGGACCUGCUGCUGGUUGGGGCGCCCAUGUUUAUGAGCGAGCAAAAGAGGGAGCAAGGCCGUGUUUAUCUCUUCACCGUCACCAAGGGCAUCCUGAACGAGCAAGGAUUCCUCAAAGGGUCUCCUCCGACUGAGAACGCGCGUUUUGGGAUGGCCAUGUCGGCCGUUCCCGACUUGGAUCUUGACGGUUUCAAUGACAUUGUGGUCGGAGCGCCCCUAGAGGACAAAGGAAGAGGUGUCAUCUACAUCUACAACGGGAGGGAGAAGACAUUGGACAAGCAGUUCUCACAGAGAAUACUUGGCUCUAAAAUGGACCCUCAAGUGAACUUUUUUGGAAGAUCCCUCGAUAGCUACAAAGAUUUAAACGAUGACACGCUCACUGAUAUCUCAGUGGGGUCACAUGGAAAAGUGGUCCAACUCUGGUCCCGUGGAGUAGCCACAAUCUCAGCCACGGCUUCUUUCAAACCUGAAAAGAUCAACAUUUUCAGCAAACCUUGUGACGUCAGUGGACGCAAAAUGACGUGUUUCAACACCGCCCUGUGUUUCAGUGCUAUUUUCAGGCCUAAAAAUCCUGUUGGACCCAUUGAUUUCUCCUAUACGUUGACUCUGGACGCCGAUUUGCAGGCUUCGCGUGUCACCUCAAGGGGGCUUUUCAUGAAAAACAAUGAGCGUUUGCUUACGGGGAACGCCAAGAUAUCAUCUAGUGUGCACUGUGAAGACGUACAAGUCUACGUACAGGAGACACCCGAUUUUGUCAAUUCCCUCAGUCUGAAGGUGGAAAUCGAACAGGAGAAUGCUGACGCCAACCCGGUCCUUGACAUUUUCUCUACGACUGCCUGGGAAUUCUUUAUACCCUUCACCAAAGACUGUGGCUCUGAUGAGGUAUGUGUCAGUGAUCUAGUGCUGAGCGUGAAGACGGACACUAAAGGUUCCAGCUCAGCUCCUUUUCUGGUCAGCGCCAAUAAGCGAGAGCUGUCGUUCGAGGUCACAGUGAAGAACAAAAAGGAAAAUGCUUAUAACACUCAAGUGUUGGCCACGUAUUCAGGCAACCUUUUCUACUCAUCAGUAUUUCCUCCUACAGAGGGAGUAAAAUGCACCUCGACGCAAGAGCAAACAGUUGUUUGCCAAGUGGGAUACCCAGCCUUGAAAAAAGACCAAAUGAUGAAAUUCAACCUCAAUUUCGAAUACAACCGCAACAAUCCGUUGAAUAAAGCCAAGGUCAAGUUUGAGGCUAAAAGUGACAGUAAAGAGUACGUCCCCUCAGACAACCGAGUGGAUGUGUCCAUUCCUCUUCAGUAUGAUGCGGGCAUCGUUUUAUCCAGGAAAUCAAACAUCAAUUUCUAUGUUGCAAAUUCGACCACUGCACCAGAAACAACGGUGAAAAUGUUGGAUGACAUCGGACCGGAGUUUAACUUCACUGUGAAGGUUUCAACAGGCAACUUCCCAGUCAGCCUCCUAUAUCUGACCAUCUCUUUGCCAGUCAGCACCAAAGGAGGAAACCCACUCCUGUAUCUCAUCAGCGUGGACACACAAGUUGGCGGUUCACUCAGCUGUGAUACCAACGGCCUGGUGGACCCACUGAGUAUCGGCGUCAAGGACUACCAAGCGUCUUUCACUGAGGAGAGUCUCCGAGGCAUCGACAAGCUGGAUUGCCAAAGCGCAAAGUGCGAGCGUAUCAAAUGUCUUCUCAAAGACGCUGAUGUCACGACCGACUACUAUGUGAAAGUUAAAACAAGGAUUUGGAGUGGGACCUUUAUUACGGCGGUCUAUCAGACCACUGAGCUGAUCUCCACUGUGGAUGUCGAGAGCUCCAACCCGGAUUUAUUCAUCAUCCGGCUAAAAGAGCUGCCGGUGGUGGUCACAGUCAGCAAACCGGGAGCGAAAGGUGACGUUCCGGUGGGAGUGAUUGUUGGCAGCGUGAUUGGUGGACUGGCACUGCUGGGCGUGGCUGUUGCGCUGCUGUGGAAGUUUGGAUUUUUCAAACGGAAAUACCAGCAGCUUCAAAGGGAUGGCGAUGCACAGGAUGAGGUGUUGUGAAGCGCUACACAACUACAGCAAACUUCCACUGUCAUUCUCCACUGGACAUGUGCCUCUCGUUGGUACUUUUUAGAACAAAACGCAGAGUACUUUGUAAAUUAUAAACUACUGACAUGACUGACACUCAGGGCUUUUUCUUGCUUUUGGACAGCAGAUUUGAGUUGAAAUCUAUGCAAUGACUUUGUGUUUGGGUGCUUGUGUGGGUUUUCUAUGGGUGCUUGUCAAGCUCACUGAAGACUUAAAUGUGAGGGUGAAUGGAUUCAAGAUGUGUGACCACAGUCCAGCAAUAUGGAAAGUGGAUAGAUGGAUGAAUCGGUAGUGAAAAUGCAAAAUGGAGUGGAAUCUUUUGUUUUAAAUGUAUUUUUAAUAUAUAUACUGUACGAUUAAAUGAUGGUUUAGUUUUUAUGUUUGAAAGUUUGUGAGCAGUGGUGUCAAAUGUAUUGAAAGCGACCUGCUAGGGGAUCCAAUAAGGCCCCCUGGUGGGCUUGUUCUGCCUGACAGGCACGGUACAGCUCAUUCAUGCUUUUAUUUUGACAUCGAGUGUGUGCACUACAGCACUUAGCUCACUUUCAUGCACGCAGUUACAUUAAUUCACCCCCCCCCCCCCCAAGUCAAAAUAGCAGCCAAUGAGUUAACAAGGAUGUGACUCCAAAAAACGACCCAAAAUCAACAGGAAGCAGCCAGGAAAUGCUCGAAAAAUCAACAGUAAAUGAUCCAAAAUUUACAGGAAGUGACACGAAAGUAGCUUAAGAUGAAAAAGAAGUGACGCGAAAUUAAAUAAUGGCCUGCCAUGGACAAUGAUACAUGUCCAAUAGCAUUCCGCAUGUAACACUUCACCUAAUAUUCAUGACGUUAGCAACUGUUGCUAGCGGGUCAAACUCACGUUUGUCCCUCAUGCUAGAUGCAUGUAAAUAGUGUACGAAUUAGAUGUUUACUGAGCUAAACCUACCAAUUUUGUCCGAAAAUGAUGUCCCUGGUGCCAAAUUCACCGGUCAAGAUGUGGAAGAACAUACAAAUGUUCAGUUAAAAAGAAGGCUUGCGUGGCGAGGGCUGAAAAAGAGCCUACUUGAUCCAGAGGUAGCUUUUUUUAUCGACACUAUUUUCAUGUGUGCAUUGCCUUAUGCCACUGACAAUUACAUUGUCCUGUUUCAACAAGCUAUCCUUUACCACCAUAUGCCCUGUCUGUCUUAUAUAUUAUAUCCUCUGGUUGUCUUUCGUCUGACCGUUCUUGGGGAUAAUUUAUAUUGCUAAUUUUAAGUAGCGAUCGCAAAUGCUUCUCAGUGACAGCCAGCGAACACUUUUUAUUUUUUUCCAUAAUCACAACUCUUAAUUCUAUUAAUUUAUUUACACUCCUCCCAUACUAAGGUUGUUUCUUUACAACAGAAAAGGUAAAGCUGUUAAAUAUAGAGCCCAUGAACAGGCUUACUCCAAAAAGACCAAGGCCAGACAUGGCUAAUUUUUUAAAACAUCCGUAUUUUAGAAAAAUAAGCCUACAUGACUAUUAUGAUGUAUAAUUUUUAAUUUUUUUCAACUCAUUCAUUGUCAGACAGAAGCAGCACAGCAAAACAGCAAGCUAAAAAAUAAGUAAAAAUAUCCAAAAUGGCUUACCUUUUCGUCCUCUGUAGGACCAUGGCCCCCAACAAAAUGUUUACAGCCAAUGGAAUGGUUCACCUUGCUGGAGUUAAAAUGGUCUUUUGGACGUCCGCGCAAGUUGAUCCAUUCUUCACAUUUUUUCUCCGAGUGUUUGGCUUCGGGAAACCUAUGAAGAAAACAUCCUUCAUAUGUCGUAAUGUCUAGAGUCGUUUUUAUAAUUCCAUAGCAGCAGUGUUUACUCGGCAUGUUCAUUUUUGAAAGCUUACCGGCAGAAAACAAGCAGUAAUAACAUGGAUUGUAUGCGAGGGCGUGUCUAUGUUGACCCACUUCCGGGUUAAGAUGGCGACCUCACGGUCUAAAAAUAGCAUUCGUGCCGUACACUUUCCUGGAAGGCCUGGCUGUGAAUGCUCAUCUUUCGGUUGUACCAACAACAACGAAUGUACAUUCACCCCUAUCAGUCAAAAUGGAUUGAACGUCUAGCACAGUCAAUGGCAGCCAAAGAGCUAACAAGGAAGUGAUGCAAGUACCUUUUUUUCCCCCCAAGAGGUUCACGAAUAGAUUUGUUGGUUUGUUUGCUCUCCAUUUAAAAAAACGUUGUUGUAUUUUUUCAAGAGGUCAGCGUCUUGUGUAUUGGCACACUUUUACCACAAGAGGGCAGCAAGAUGUAAAUUACUUCUUCAGAAUGGUUUCUGUUAUCCGUCACUUACAUUAUUGUCAUCAUUAUAAAUCCAGACUCACUUGUUAUAAUAUUGUUUCACAUUUUUUUCCCGAAAAUUCAAGAAAAUAUGACUUGAAUUGGACUUUCAUAAUGUGUACAUGUCACUUCAACCCACUGAUAAUAAUUGUGAUUCAAAAAGUUUAGACUGUCUUUUGUUAGGUUGUCCUUUAAAUGCUGUUAUUAUGUGUAUGUUUCUGUUGCCAUUUUGUUGCAUUGUGCAUAUUUUUAGGCUUUUCUAUGUAUUUGUUUUAUAUGUAAGUACUGUUGACUUAAAAAAAAAAAAAUGGUACAGGUACAAUGCGACAAUUCCAUACGCAAUCCAAAAUUAAUGCAUAUGUCCAACCUUCGUUGACCAUCGAUUGCACUUUUCCCUUUAUUGUUAUUGUUGAACGUCUUUAAUCUGUGUUGGCUUUGAAUGUUUUCCAGACGGCUUCAUUUUAAUCCAGAGUGCGAUAUGACUGUUAUUCAUGCGCGGUGGUUGACAACACAAUAUUUCUUUUUGUUGUACAAACAAGACCCUGAUAAGAGAAUAAAUGUCUCCCAUUUGGCAGGAUGUUCAUAACUGUCUGCGGUUGAUUGCCUCUGUCAAAGAGGCACGUUCAUGAGCUGUAGAUUAUUAAGCAAACUAUUAAAUCAAUCCCUGUCACAGCAAUCAAAA